AUGGGCAAACAAUUUUACCCCCCUCCCCUAAUCAGAAGCAACUCUUACACUUUGGACGGUCCGAGUCCUAUGUUUUUGGAACAUUUGAAAAAGGCUUCUGAAGCUGCUGAAGAAAUUAAACCUGCUAAUAUUGAAGUUUAUCAAACUGAUAUUUCACUUAACUACUUAACUAGUGAUAAUGAAUUAGGAGUACUGCAAGAGGAAAAUGGCUAUGGUUGUUGCCACAGGAAACUUUUUCCUCCUAAAAAUGACUCACUAAAAAAGGAAUGGGCUGCUAGUGUAAUUGCUGCUCACGUCAAAGGAUUCCUAACCAGGAGGUUGCUAAAACCUGAGAAAGUCCAAGCCCUAGUAGCAACAGUCAAAGACGUACUUGUUUGUACAGUUGAAUUGCACUGUUCGGAUUAUAUUGAUGAAACAGAUGUCGAAUUGCAUAGAAGGCUUAUGAAUCAAUUGUCUGCUACCCUUUAUGCCUUUCACAUUGUAUUUUUUAAACUUUCUACUCAAGAACGAAUGGCUGUGAUUGCGGUAGAUAGGCAACGUAGGAUUGAAAAAUUGGAAAGGUCUCAAUCAGACAGAAGAUCUGUUUUAAGAACGUCACACAUCUGA